AUGAAUUAAUAGCAGAAAACUCAUGCAAAUAAAUAAGUUGAUUAUCAUGGCUAAGGUAUACAUGGUUAAGAUAAUUAAUCUAAAGUAAAAGAUUUUAAUACUAUUUUAGUAAUAAGAACAAUCUUAAGCGGAAAUUUAAAAGCAAUCACACGUAAACCAAUAUUUUAAUAAUAAAGUCUUCUCAACAUUAACAUUAGCAUAAUGACUAGUCUGGCAACUAACAUUUGAAUAAUGAUCAUCAUAAUGAGAUUCAUCAUUCAAGUGAUGAUCACCAUGGGACUCAUUAUAAUCCUUUAUAAAUGCCAUGUAAUUGGGAUAUAGCAAGAAAACAUGCAUUAUCAAGACGUACUGCUAAAGAAAAAAAGAAAGACCCUCUAAAAACACUAUCAAGUAGAUUAGGAUCAUGAAUAAUAUAGUUGAAACAUGUCCUUGUUGUGGAUUUGAAGUAGAUAGAGAAGAUAUACCUUUUUGUUCAGAUCCCAUGGCUUUAUCUUUCUUAGGAUCAGGCUUUGCGUUAUUUUAUAACUAUUUGAAAUAUUGCAUCAUUAUACUCUUUAUUUAACUCUUAGUUAAGUAAAUACAUAAUUUAUACACUAAUUUCAAUGGUUCAUAUUGUAGUCAUAUAAAAAGAGAAAAGAUGGAGGGACAUAUAAUUGAAGAACCAUAUUGUCCAGACAGUAUUUUCUUACGAUUAUCUUUGGCUAACAAGCUUGAGUAAUUUAAAUACUUAAAAUAUAGUAAUCGAGAAGCCCUUGAAAUGAUGUAGCUUUUAAACUUUAUCAGUAUUUUUAUAAUCAUGUUUUUACUAAUUUAUUUUAGAAAAAGCUAAAGAUAAAUUGAUACUACAAUUGAUGAAGAAUAAUUGACUCCUGCAGAUUAUACUAUAUGUGUAAAGAAUAUUCCAACAGGAUUAAGUGUAGACUAUAAAUAUGAACUAAAAAAUUUAUUUGAAAAUUAUUCUGUUUUAGAUUCAACUAAAACAAUUAUUGUAAGAAAAGUUGUUUUAGUUUAUGAUAUAGAAGAGAUAAUUGAAUUAGAAAAACAAUUAGAUUAAUUAAUAUAAUAAAAAAAAGAUGCGAUUAAAAAAUGUAAUUUUAAUUUUCAUCAUGAAAAUGUAUAAAAAAUUGAAAAAGAAAUUGAACAUUUAGAGCAUUAAAUCCAUAUGAUUGAAGAGGAUUAUGAAACUCAUAAUACUAAUUUUUCAGGAAUGGCUUUCGUGUCUUUUGAUGAUGAAUCUAUGAAACAAUUAGUUUUAUAAGAUAAUCCUCAUACUUAAUGGGAAAGAAUGAGAUCACAUAUAAAUCGAGGAUAAUUAAGAAGUCUAUCAAAUUAAGAUUUAUAAUGGCAAGGAUAGAAACUAUUUUUAGAAUAAGCUCCUGAACCAAAUGAUGUUGAUUGGGAAUUUAUUCAUAUUACUACAAGUGAAAAGAUAUUAAAAAGAAUAAGAGCUUGGGUAUAUUACAUUUUAUUUGAAAGUGCUGCAUUUUUUAUUAUAUAUUUGAUUUCUCAUAGAUUAGCUUUGUUAGGUGAUGAAGCUCAUGAGGAAGAAUUAAAAGGAAAAUUAGAUUAUGAGACUAAAAGAAAAAUAAAUAUAUUGUCAUUCACUAUAUCAAUGAUUAUAGUUUUGUUUAAUAAAUUUGGAGUUGCUAAAAUAGUUCAUUAUAUUGUAGAUGAUGAAAAAAUAUCAAAUAAAACAAAAUUUUAAAUCUCUUUCGUUUAUAAAUAUGCAUUAGCAUUAUUUUUGAAUGCAGCAAUAAUUAGUUUUUUGGUUGAUAUAGUUAUUUUAAAAAAUGUGAAAGGAGCUGGUGGAUUUAUAUAAAAUGAAAGUUAAAUAUUUGUAUUAAAUGCAAUUUUCCCUCCUUUUAUUUGGUGUGUAGAUCCAUGGAGUUUUUGUAAGAAUAUUUGGAGAAAAUACAUCAUGUCAAAAGGAGACAGAGCAUUACUAACAUAAUAAGAAGCCAAUAAAUUAAUGGAAGAACCAGACUAUCUUUCUGCAAAAAGAUAUUCAGAUGUAAUGAAAACAAUGUGGUUUACAUUUAUGUAUGGUACUGCAAUACCUUUAGGCACUUUAUUCAGUGCAUUUGGAAUUCUUAUAUACUAUUUCGUUGAUUAUUAUAACAUUCUCAGAAGAAGAACUGUUAAAGAAUCUAUAAGUAUACAACUUUCUACAGGUAUUAUGCAAUUAAGUAAUUUAUUAGAAAUGAUUGAAAUGUUAGAAUAUAUUAUUGCUUGGUGUGCUUUUGGAGAAAUGACAAUGACUUAUACUUUUUUUAAAGAAGUUAGUAAAAUUGAUAUCCUACUUAUCGUUAUGGCAAUAUUAUAUUAAUAAUUGCCUAUGGAAGAUAUAUCUGAAUAUCUCUUUCCUGUAGAGAAUAAUGAAGAAGUAUCAUUUUUNUACUUAAUGGGAAAGAAUGAGAUCACAUAUAAAUCGAGGAUAAUUAAGAAGUCUAUCAAAUUAAGAUUUAUAAUGGCAAGGAUAGAAACUAUUUUUAGAAUAAGCUCCUGAACCAAAUGAUGUUGAUUGGGAAUUUAUUCAUAUUACUACAAGUGAAAAGAUAUUAAAAAGAAUAAGAGCUUGGGUAUAUUACAUUUUAUUUGAAAGUGCUGCAUUUUUUAUUAUAUAUUUGAUUUCUCAUAGAUUAGCUUUGUUAGGUGAUGAAGCUCAUGAGGAAGAAUUAAAAGGAAAAUUAGAUUAUGAGACUAAAAGAAAAAUAAAUAUAUUGUCAUUCACUAUAUCAAUGAUUAUAGUUUUGUUUAAUAAAUUUGGAGUUGCUAAAAUAGUUCAUUAUAUUGUAGAUGAUGAAAAAAUAUCAAAUAAAACAAAAUUUUAAAUCUCUUUCGUUUAUAAAUAUGCAUUAGCAUUAUUUUUGAAUGCAGCAAUAAUUAGUUUUUUGGUUGAUAUAGUUAUUUUAAAAAAUGUGAAAGGAGCUGGUGGAUUUAUAUAAAAUGAAAGUUAAAUAUUUGUAUUAAAUGCAAUUUUCCCUCCUUUUAUUUGGUGUGUAGAUCCAUGGAGUUUUUGUAAGAAUAUUUGGAGAAAAUACAUCAUGUCAAAAGGAGACAGAGCAUUACUAACAUAAUAAGAAGCCAAUAAAUUAAUGGAAGAACCAGACUAUCUUUCUGCAAAAAGAUAUUCAGAUGUAAUGAAAACAAUGUGGUUUACAUUUAUGUAUGGUACUGCAAUACCUUUAGGCACUUUAUUCAGUGCAUUUGGAAUUCUUAUAUACUAUUUCGUUGAUUAUUAUAACAUUCUCAGAAGAAGAACUGUUAAAGAAUCUAUAAGUAUACAACUUUCUACAGGUAUUAUGCAAUUAAGUAAUUUAUUAGAAAUGAUUGAAAUGUUAGAAUAUAUUAUUGCUUGGUGUGCUUUUGGAGAAAUGACAAUGACUUAUACUUUUUUUAAAGAAGUUAGUAAAAUUGAUAUCCUACUUAUCGUUAUGGCAAUAUUAUAUUAAUAAUUGCCUAUGGAAGAUAUAUCUGAAUAUCUCUUUCCUGUAGAGAAUAAUGAAGAAGUAUCAUUUUUGUUAUCUAGAUAAAACCAUAUGCAGAAGGAAGUGCAAACUUUGAUACUGAUUAUGAUAGAGAAAAUCCUGUUACUAGACAUAAAGCUUUAAAUGAAUGGAAUUAGAGAAUUUAAAAUACUAUCUCAAAAAAUAAAAAAAUAUUAGCCUAAUAAGAUGAGUUUGGCUAUGCUGCUGAUGGUCAUUUUGGUCGUAGAUGA